AUGUUCAUUCUCGCUGCGUAUCCCACGCUGCUCGCCAUCCUCAUCGGCACCGCUACCGUAUUCCACUUUACUCACACCGGCAACCAAUUCACCCAUACGCCAGGCAGACGCUGUCGUCCCCAGCGACGCUGUGCCUACUGUACCCGGGUCCUUGUCGCCCGCCAAUUCAUGCAAUCCACCCACAUUGACAGCCUCUUCCAGGGCACCCUCGGCCUCGGCAUGUCUGAAGCGUCCUAUGAGAACGAGCUGGCCCCUGUGCCCGGCCACCCUGAGGCCAUUGAUGUCGUCGUCGUCAAGGCUCUCCUCAUCAAGGCCACCAACUUCCCCCCCGAGAUCAUCGACAUGAUCAUCGACCACGCCGAGUACUGGCCCUGCUCCGAGACGGUCAUGGACUACACCGGCCAGAACAAGGUGCGCAUCUCCGCCGGCCACGCGAGCCACACUCUGGAGGACCGGCUGCUGCUGCGGACACCGCCCGUCGGCUUCGCGAGCAGCGCCAUCGCCGACGCCGACACGUGGGGCAGACAGCCUGCGCCUGCGCUGCCCCUCGCCCACGAGGCGUCGCCACAGCAGCUGAAGAAGAUUGUCAAGACGGCGCCGGCCCUGACGCAUCCCGUGCGCAAGGUCGUCUUCAAGCUGCGGAGCUCAGAUCAGGGCUGGGGCGGCGAGCGCGAGAACCACGGCACGUUCCACGGCUCAUGGACAUGGUUCGAGGCCGGCCUGGAGAAGAUCGAGGCCGAGGAAGGGGAGCAGCUGGGUGCGUUUCGCACCGACCAUCUGAGGCCGCUGUACCCGCGCACGGAGGAGGACCAUCGGGAGUGGGGGAACGAGACGCGAAAAUAUGUCCAUCAGUUGAACGCAAACGAGGAGUACAAGAUCCAGUGCAACCGUACCUGCACGCGGGGCGUCAGCAAUUACGAGAUCACGUGGAGGUGGACCGAUGCCAUUGACCCAGAGUCGACGGCGGCCGAUGAGCUGGAGGCGCAGGGCCGCGGUAGGGCCACGGGGAAUGGGGAGUUCGUGCGGAAUCUGCAGCUGGGCGAUGUCAUCACGGUAUGGGGCAAGUCGAGGUUUCCGGGCUGGGCGAACAACGUCGAGACGGUGGCGGUGGAAGUGUACUGGGCUAUCUGA